ACAAGAAGAAGAAAAUAGCAGAGAUGUGUAAUGAAACAUAAAGAAAAGAAGAUGAAGAUGGAAUCAUAGUAGCAGUGACAAAAUGACUAAAAAGCUCCCCACAGCCAAAUUCACUACAGAACUCGACGUCGACUCGUUCCUCAGUUUACACUCCGACUCCGAUUCCGACUCAGCUUCCGUCCCUCACCGUUCUCUCGACGAAAUCCUCAACGACUCCUCCGAUUCAUCCACCUCAGCAUCUCCUCCUUCAUCUCCAUUUACCAUUACUAACCGCCACCAUCUUCCUCCAAACGACGCCGUUUCUGCGGACUCAUCAGCGGAAUCCAUCAACGAUAAUAAUCACACUACUCAACCACGGCUCAAUUCUUUUACUCGAGUUAAGUCCGGCGGGUUUUCAGGUGAUCCGGCAUGGAGACUUCCUUCAUCUUCGUCGUCGAGACCGUUACCGUCUCUUUUCGGCGGUGUGAGAUCGACUACGAAGCCAGGAGCUGCUCUUGCUGCCGCGGCAGCUGCGUCGAGAUCGGUUCCGACGCCUCAUGCUGCCGCCAUCAAAUCGAGGCGUGCGGUUAGUCUCCAGAAGGUUACUGAUAGUGAUGAUCAUGAGAUUGUUUCAAAUUUAUCAUCAAAUGGAGACUCAAUUGGAGUUGCUGCCGAGAGAACUAGGUCGGAUGAUUUUCAAUCUGCAUUAGAGAGCGAAAUUUCUGCUGAAUACAAUAGAAACUUGGAUAAUACGAGUGAGGCUUUUUCUAGUAUUAAUGAUAGUAAUGUUUUGGAAGGCGAAGUAGAACCCCAAGCAGAUUUAAAUAACACUAGUUCAGUACCAAAUUCAAAUGUUAAUAAUGAAUUAGAUUUGAAUGAUGGCUCACCAAUUUUGGAUACCUGUGAUAGAUUAGAUGAUAUAAAUGUGAAUGCUAAUAGCAAAAUUGAUAAUUCCGUCUCGUCUGGUGACGACGAGGGUGGAGAUAAUGAGCUCCAACCGACAGUGGAGUCAUUAGAAGAUAGAAAUGAUCAGGAGGAAGGUGAAGAAGACGUGUUAGAUCCUGUGAUUGGUGGAGACUCUAGGGAUGGUGAUGCGAGGUCUUUAAGUGAAAUUUCAGAGCUUGUAGAAGAGAUAAUAGGGCAAUUAGAGAGUGAGAGGCUAAUUACAAAUGCAGAAGAGAAGCGCAAGGCGAAUAUGAAGCCACUUGAAUUGGCUGAAGAGCUCGAGAAGAAGCAGGCAUCUACUGGAUUGCAUUUGGAAGAAGGUGCUGCUGCUCAGCCAAUGAAGUUUGAGGGUGUUCGUAGAGGGACUACUACAUUGGGCUACUUCGAUAUUAAUGCUGAUAAUGCUAUUACACGGAUGAUCAAGUCUCAAGCUUUUCGGCGUGACCAUGGUUCCCCUCAAGUCCUGGCUGUUCAUCUCAACUACAUUGCUGUAGGCAUGGCCAAAGGUGUCAUUGCUGUUGUUCCAAGUAGAUAUUCUUCCAAUACUGGUGAUAAUAUGGAUUCCAGGAUGCUUUUGCUCGGCUUACAAGGAGAUAAAUCUUGUUCUCCCGUAACUUCCAUGUGCUUCAAUCAGCAAGGGGAUCUACUCUUGGCUGGCUAUGGCGAUGGUCACAUUACUGUUUGGGAUGUCCAGAAAGCAUCAGUAGCAAAAGUUAUAACUGGUGAGCAUACAUCACCAGUGGUACAUGCAUUAUUCCUAGGUCAGGACUCUCAAGUUACUCGACAAUUUAAGGCAGUUACUAGCGAUUGUACGGGUCAUCUUUUUUUACAUUCAUUCCAAGUCUAUCCCAUUUUAAACAGAAUCACUAUCAAAACACAGUGUCUUCUUGAUGGCAAAAAUAAUGGCAUAGCACUAUCAGCUUCGGCCCUCCUUUUUGGUGAAUCCUUUGGAGGUGCUUUGCCAUCAUCACAAGGAAGUGCAUCGCUUUCAUCCAGCAGCAUCGGUAACAUGAUGGGAGGUGUAGUUGGAGGAGAUGCAGGAUGGAAACUAUUCAAUGAAGGCUCUUCUCCAGCUGAAGAAGGUGUGCUCAUUUUAGUCACCAGUCAAACUGCUUUGGUGGUUAGGUUUACUCCUUCUCUACAAAUCUAUGCACAGCUUUCCAAGCCAGAUGGAGUUAGGGAGGGUUCCAUGCCUUACACCGCAUGGAAAUCUACUUCACAACCUCACAGCUCAGACUCUGAAAAUAUUAAUGCAGAUGCUGUGGAGCGAGUUUCAUAUCUUGCAGUUGCAUGGGAUCGGAAAGUUCAAGUUGCAAAGUUGGUCAAAUCAAAGCUUAAAGUUUGUGGAAUGUGGUCCCUUGACAGUGCAGCCAUAGGUGUAGCUUGGUUGGACGCUCAUAUGUUGGUGGUUCUUACGUUGACAGGUCAGCUUUAUUUGUUUGCGAAGGAUGGUACUGUAAUACAUCAGACUAGCUUUGCUGUUGAUGAUUCUGGGGGAAAUGAUCUUGCUGUGUAUCAUACACACUUCAGGAAUAUCUAUGGGAAUCCUGAGAAAGCAUAUCACAAUUGUCUAGCAGUAAGAGGUGCGUCUAUAUACAUACUUGGACCCAUGCAUUUUGUCGUUGCUAGGCUUCUACUGUGGAAGGAACGAAUUCAGGUUCUGCGGAAAGCAGGCGACUGGAUGGGUGCUUUGUAUAUGGCAAUGACACUUUAUGAUGGGGAAGCUCAUGGUGUUAUUGACCUUCCUAAAUCUGUAGAUGCUGUACGAGCAACCAUAAUGCCCUAUCUGGCAGAGUUGCUAUUGGCUUAUGUAGAUGAAGUUUUUUCUUAUAUGUCGGUGGCUUUUUGCAACCAAUUUGGAAAAGUAGAACGAGAAGAUGAAUCAGAUACUGGAAACAGUUCUGUACACACUGAAAUAAAAGAGCAAUUCACUCGUGUUGGUGGUGUGGCUGUGGAAUUUUGUGUCCAUAUACAUCACACAGACAUCCUUUUUGACGAAAUUUUCUCCAAGUUUGUGGCUGUUCAACAUAGAGAUACAUUUUUGGAGCUUCUGGAGCCAUAUAUAUUGAGGGAUAUGCUUGGAUCCCUACCUCCUGAGAUUAUGCAAGCAUUAGUAGAGCAUUAUAGCAGCAAAGGAUGGUUGCAGAGAGUUGAACAAUGUGUUCUUCACAUGGACAUUUCUUCCUUGGAUUUUAAUCAGGUUGUGAGGUUGUGCAGGGAGCAUGGAUUAUAUGGGGCCUUGGUGUAUCUUUUUAAUAAAGGCCUAAAUGAUUUCAAAACACCUUUGGAGGAGUUGUUAAUUGCUUCACAGAACAGUUAUAAAGAGAGUGCUGCUGCACUCGGGUACAAGAUGCUUGUUUAUUUGAAGUAUUGCUUUUCAGGUCUUGCCUUUCCACCAGGACAGGGAUAUCUUCCUCCUACACUUUUAUCAUCUCUUCGGACAGAUCUUGUUCGGUGUCUAUUGGAGAAAUCCAGUGCCCUGAAUUCAGCAGUAGAUUCAACAUUACCAUUGAAACAAACUUAUCUUAACCUAUAUCAUCUCUUACAGUUAGAUACUGAAGCUACUUUAGAUGUUCUGAGGUUAGCUUUUCUAGAUGAUCAAAAUCCAAAGCUGGAGUUCUCUCCAAAUGAUAGUCCCAAUGGGGAUGUCAAGGAUAUAGCAUAUGAAACUCAAAAUUUAUUGUCUCAAAGUACUAUAGAUGCUCUUGUUCAAAUCUUUGAAAACAUUGGGACCCAAACAGCUGAAUCUGCUAAUGAUACUGGAUCAGCUGAAGCAUGGCCUUCAAAGAAAGACAUCGGGUACCUGUUUGAAUUUAUUACAUGUCAUGUUGUACUUAAAAAAGCUUAUAUUCCGGGGAGUAUGUUGAGUCAGAUUUUGGAGUACUUCACAUCUGAGAACAACUUCCCAGCAAGUAUUCUUGUACAUAGUGCCAAAACUUCAAAAAUGAGGGAGAAGGAGGUGCUUUUGCUUCUGGAAGUGGUUCCAGUGACCGAUUGGGACUCAUUGUAUGUGUUACAACUAUGUGAAAAAGCACAAUUUCACCAGGUUUGUGGAUUUAUUCAUAUGAUUGGUAGCCAGUAUGUUGCUGCACUGGAUAGCUACAUGAAAGAUGUGGAUGAACCAAUUCAUGCUUUCUCAUAUAUUGACAAUACGUUGAGGCAUGUCAGUAGCAAUGAACUCAAUGCUUUUCAGUCAGCUAUUAUUCUUCGGAUUCCAGAGUUGGUUGUCUUAAGCAGGGAGGGAUCCUUCUUUCUGAUCACGGAGCAUUUUUAUAAUGAUAAUCCACAAAUCCUUUCUGAACUACAAUCUCAUCCAAAAUGCCUUUUUCUCUAUCUAAAGACGGCUAUUGAGGUUCACUUAUAUGGAACCCUCGACUUCUCUGAUUUCCAAAAAAAUGAUGAUUUGGAUGCUUUUAGUGGAAGAAGAGUGGAAGGUCAGUUGAAAGGACUCAAAGCUUACAUUGAAAGAAUCUCGGAUUUUCCUAAGUUCAUACAGAAUAAUCCUGUCAGUUUGACAGAUGAUAUGAUAGAGCUUUAUAUGGAAUUAGCAUGUCAGUAUGAGCGUAAUUCUGUUCUUAAAUUCCUGGAGACUUUUGAUAGCUACCGGGUCGAACACUGUUUACGCCUAUGCCAGAAAUAUGAUAUAACAGACGGUGCUGCUUAUUUAUUAGAAAGGGUUGGAGAUGUUGGAAGUGCUCUUUUACUCACCCUUACUCAGCUCGAUGAUAAAUUUGUCAACCUUGAUGUAGCUGUGGAAAGUGCAAUUUCAACCACAUCUGUAAAGGGAUCUAUUGGCAUGGAUUAUUACAACAAUGUUUUAAAAAUGAAGGAGGUCGAUGAUGUACAUAGUAUAUUGAAUGCCUGUAUUGGAUUGUGUCAGCGGAACACCCCUCGUUUGCAACCUGAGGAGUCAGAGACACUCUGGUUCAGAUUACUUGAUUCGUUUUGUGCACCUUUGAUGGAUUCAUUUUCUGAUGAAAGGGUAUUGAAAGGAGACAAUCAUAUUGGAAUGUUAAAUGAAACAUUCUAUGGGCAGGAGGAUGAGAUCAUAAUCAAGUGGAAUAUUUCGAAAUCUCACAAAAAUGCUGCUGUCUUGAGGAAAUUGUUCUCUCAGUUCAUCAAAGAGGUUGUUGAAGGAAUGAUAGGAUAUGUCCGUCUUCCAAGUAUAAUGUCAAAACUUCUAUCUGAUAAGGGUAACCAGGAGUUUGGUGACUUUAAAAGUAUCAUACUAGGGAUGCUUGGAACGUAUGGCUUUGAGAGGAGAAUUUUGGAUACUGCCAUGUCCUUAAUAGAGGAUGAUACAUUCUAUACCAUGAGUUUACUUAAGAAGGGGGCAUCUCAUGGGUAUGCCCCUCGGAAUCUUGUAUGCUGUAUAUGUAAUUGCCUUCUCACCAAGAAUUCUCCUAGUUUUCAACUUCGAGUUUUCAAUUGUGGUCAUGCUACUCAUCUUCAGUGUGAACUUCUUGAAAGUGAGUCAUCCAGUAAAGGUACCUUGUCAGGAUGCCCUUUUUGUAUGCCCAAGAAGAAUACUCAGAAGCCUAGAAAUAAAUCAGUUCUUGCUGAGAAUAGUUUAGUGAAGAAGGUUUCAUCAAAAUCCAGACGAGCUCAAGGAACUGGCAUCUUUCAGCCACAUGAAGAUUCGUCAGAACAUUCAUAUGGGCUUCAGCAACUAUCGCGGUUUGAAAUAUUGAGAAAUCUUCAGAAAGGCCAGAAAUUAGGGCAGAUAGAAAAUGUGCCACAGUUAAGGCUUGCCCCACCGGCGGUUUAUCAUGAGAGGGUAAAGAAAGGACCUGAGCAUUACACAGGAGAGAGUAGCAGUGCUAUUGCAAAAGUUGAAAAACCGAACAAAAGGAGGCAACUGAGGGAGCUAAAAGUUGGAGGAACAUCACUUCGGUUCCCAUUAAAAUCAAGUAUAUUUGGCAAAGAGAAGAUAAAUAAACGGUGAUAGGAACCGUGCUGUACAGACUAACCAUGGCAGAGAUCCUGUCUCAGAUGUGACGGGUCAAGCAAAGCAAGAGACACGGGUUUCCUUGUCUCGGAGAAACAUAUCAGAACAAGUAGAUAAAGAAUGGGAGCAAGCAUCAGUCAUUCCCUCUCUCAUAGGUUAGAGAGAAGCUCAACUCAGCUGAAGGAUUCAUCUCCCUGUUCAACAAACCUGCUCGACCAUAGCUGGUGAAUUUUAUUGAUCCGAACUGAAUUUUUGACCUUUGACCUCUCAUUUUGUAAUUUAUGUUGGUGUAUGUAAUUAUGUAUAGCAACUUUUUAGGAGCAUUUAAUAAAAAAAAUUGUAAUCUGCAA